GAAUCCAAGGACUAUCCUAUUGAGAUAAAUGGCGUAAUAGCAGGCCGCUAUCAGAUCUUGGAGUUUCUUGGAGCAGCUGCUUUCAGCAAAGCUGUGCAAUGUGUGGACUUGACCGACGGGUCGUAUGUUUGUAUCAAGAUUAUCAAGAACAACAAGGAUUUCUUUGAUCAGAGCUUGGACGAGAUCAAGAUCCUGAAGUACAUAAAUGCGCAUGACAGUCGAGACGAACAUCAUCUGUUACAGCUAUUCGAUUACUUUUACUUCAAAGAGCACUUGUUUAUUGUGACUGAGCUUCUUCGAGAUAAUUUGUAUGAGUUCAGCAAGUUCAACAGGGAAAGCGGAGCUGAAAGUUAUUUCACGAUGCCGCGUUUGCAAAAGAUAACCAAGGAGUGUUUGGUUGGACUCAAGUUUGUGCACGCCCUCGGACUUAUUCAUUGCGACCUAAAACCUGAAAAUAUAUUGAUCCGAUCUUACAGCCGAUGUGAGAUCAAAAUUAUUGACUUUGGAAGCUCUUGUUUCAUAACAGAUCAUCUGACAUCUUACGUGCAAUCACGAUCAUAUCGCGCCCCGGAAGUGAUCUUGGGUUUGCCAUAUGACCAGCAGAUAGAUAUGUGGUCACUUGGUUGUAUACUUGCGGAACUUUGGACCGGUAGAGUGCUGUUCCAGAAUGACUCCUUGGCAACCUUGUUGGCCAGAGUUGUAGGUAUAUUAGGAGGGAUAGAAGAGAACAUGCUCUUUCAGGGAAGAUACACACACAGAUUCUUUACAAAAACAAAAAUUAUUUAUGAUCGGUUAUCAGACGAUAAUGGAUCACUUGUUUAUAUCUUUCCGAAGAAGACGACGUUGAGACACCGACUUGGAACUGAUGACGAAUUGUUUAUUGACUUCAUUGACAAGUUACUGCAAGUGAACCCCACAAAAAGAUUUACCGCAGAACAAGCUUUGCACCAUCCUUGGCUUGCGCAUCAAUACGCAUGA